UCUUUGGAUCUCCAUAUGUACCUGGCAUCAUCAUAAGACGCUGCCGUUCCGCUGAAAGCAGACGAGAGACUACUUCACGCGACUAACGGACUUACAGGAGAAUUUCCCGCUUCCCGCUGGAUUCCCGUUGAUUCCGUUCCGACCACGGGGAUUAGUUUUUGAGCAGAGGGACGAACGGGGAGGAAAGAAAACGCGAGCUGGGAAAAGACGGGGCUGAAGCGACUAAAGUCGCAGACAUGCUUAUGGAAACUCCCGACUCCGUUUCGAUAAGAGCGGCUUUGCCUGAUUCUCUAUCAUGACUGAUGGCGAGGGGAGAGUGCGCUUUCAGUACUCGGACUGCCCGGAGCAGGAGGAGGUGAGGCGCAACGCACCGAAGGCUGACAGGAGCACCAGCCCAGGUCAUGAGGUUGACCCCGGAGGAGGUCGAGAUGAGGAGAUGGAGAAGGGAGAGGGGGAUAAGACCAAAAAGCGGGAAAGCCGUGGUCCGGGGGAGGACGACUGGAGCCGGGAGGUUCAGGACAACGAGGUGCGAGAAUCGGAGCUCGACGUGGACGAGGAACCCGAUCCCGCCAAUGUUCGAAUCAACUUAUCAAGCAUCUCGUGUGAGGAGGAGCAGCCGUUUCCAGCUCUGGCUCCAAAGGCCUUUUUCUGUCUAAAGCAAACUACAAGGCCUCGCUAUUGGUGUAUUCGGAUCGUCUGCAACCCGUGGUUCGAGUACAUAUCCAUGAUGGUGAUCCUGCUUAACUGUGUGACUCUGGGGAUGUUUCAACCCUGCGAGGACGUUGACUGCCUGUCGGAGAGGUGCAAAGUGCUGCAGGUGUUGGACGACUGCAUCUUUGCUUUCUUUGCGGUGGAAAUGGUAAUCAAGAUGUUGGCCUUUGGGAUUUUUGGCUCCAAAUGUUACCUGGCGGACAGGUGGAACCAGCUGGACUUUGUGAUCGUAAUGGCAGGGAUGUUGGAAUAUUCUCUGGACGGCCAAAAUGCGAGCCUGUCAGCCAUCCGUACAGUCCGCGUGCUCAGGCCACUGCGGGCCAUCAACAGAGUUCCAAGCAUGAGGAUCUUGGUGACACUGCUCUUGGACACUUUGCCCAUGCUGGGAAAUGUUCUUUUUCUCUGCUUCUUUGUAUUUUUCAUCUUUGGCAUCGUGGGAGUCCAGCUGUGGGCGGGGCUUCUACGCAACCGCUGCUUUCUGGAAGAAAAAGCAAAAGCAUUGUACAACCUGUCCUUGAAACCUUACUACAUGGGAGAGGAGGGCGAGGACAGCCCGUUUAUCUGUUCAAUGCCGCGCGAAAACGGGAUGCUGCAUUGCAAAGACGUGCCGCCCUCCACCGAGGACGAAGUGGAGUGCUCACUGCCUGCUCCCCUGCAAAGCUCUCUGCUGAUUGGCUCCUUUGAUUCUGUGGGCGGGGCUAGUGUUAACGGAUGCGUGAACUGGAACCAGUACUACAACAAUUGCAGCGCUGGAGAUUUAAAUCCACACAAGGGGGCAGUUAACUUUGACAACAUAGGCUAUGCUUCCAUAGCUAUCUUCCAGGUCAUCACACUUGAAGGCUGGGUGGACAUUAUGUACUUUGUCAUGGAUGCUCACUCUUUCUACAAUUUUAUAUAUUUUAUACUACUCAUUAUUGUGGGAUCUUUCUUUAUGAUCAACUUGUGCCUCGUGGUCAUCGCCACCCAGUUCUCUGAAACAAAACAGAGGGAGAACGCCCUAAUGAGGGAGCAGCGUGCUCGCUACAUGUCCAGUGACUCCACAUUUUCCAGCUACACUGAACCGGGCUCGUGCUAUGAAGAAAUACUACGUUACAUUAGUCACCUUUAUCGUAAGCUACGCCGCAGGCUGCAAAGGAUAUACUAUCGGUGGCACAGUAAGCGGCGUAAAAAACUGAACCCUAAUGGAAGUGGAGACGGCAGCAGCAGCAGUGGGAACGGACACGGUCAAGGUUCCAAGAGGGUUUCCUCUGGCCCAGGAGCCGCUUUCUGGCUGAGGCCGAUCCACAACCUCAUGCAGCAACACCGGCAGGAGCACUGCCACCUCAGCAAUGGCGGCCAGCACAACGUGCCGACCGUUGAGCAUACGGACGGAGAGGGAGGCGUCCGAGGCGUGGAUGAGUUGGAGAUGAAGUCGCUUCCUGUUCGGAUAGGAUGUACAAAUGAAAAUAGCGCCGAUAGCCCGGCUGGAAUGACCCGGGGCACGGGGCCGCUGCUCGGACAUCUCAACGGGGGCAUGAACUAUCCAACCAUACUACCGUCUUUUGUGUGCAGCUGCAGCAGCGAGACAGCACAGACCUACUCAAACCAGUGUAGACCCACUCCAGAGCAGCAUUUAGCUAACCGCACGCUGUCUCAACACAAUGACGUGCUAAACCGGCUCCACCAGCUCCUGGGACAACGCAAUCGCCACAGUCUGCUACAGAUGGCCACCGUGUUGCCCAGCUCUCAGCUGAUCGAGUUGCUCCAGUGCCCUCUGUGUGUCCAAAGCCUUAAAACCUUGGAACAGGAACUACGGGACCUGGAGAAAGGCAACGGGGAGCCAGACCGCCUGCUUGAUUUUCGCCAUCUUAGAAAGGAGCUGGAAUGCGAUAAACGAAGAGUCAGAGAUCGGUUUCGGCAGCCCAAGCUUGUGUUCAGUAGAGCGGCUCGCGCCUGGACAAAUUUCCGGGAAACCCUGAGGACAAUUGUGGAAAGUAAAUACUUCAACCAAGCCAUCAUGACGGCCAUCCUGGUCAACACUUUCAGCAUGGGCAUAGAAUACCACGAACAGCCUGAGUACCUGACUCAAGUAUUGGAGAUCACCAAUUUCGUCUUCACCAGCAUCUUUGUCUUGGAGAUGGGCUUCAUGCUGCUGGCGUUUGGCCUUUGGGGAUAUAUCAAAAACCCGUACAAUAUUUUUGACAGCGUUGUGGUUAUAAUCAGCGUCUGGGAGAUAUCUGCCCAAGCGGACGGGGGGCUGUCGGUCUUGCGAACCUUUCGGCUGUUGCGUGUCCUGAAGCUGGUUCGCUUCAUGCCCGCCCUGAGGCGCCAGCUGGUGGUGCUGAUGAAGACCAUGGACAAUGUGGCCACCUUCUGCAUGCUGCUGAUGCUCUUCAUCUUCACUUUCAGCAUACUGGGAAUGCAUCUGUUUGGUUGUAAGUUCGGCCUUCGUUUGGAAAAUGGAGACACCAUCCCUGACCGCAAAAACUUCGACUCUCUUCUCUGGGCCAUCGUCACCGUUUUCCAGAUUCUGACCCAGGAGGACUGGAAUGUGGUGUUGUAUAACGGCAUGGCCUCCACCUCUCCAUGGGCGGCUCUCUACUUCGUGGCUCUCAUGACGUUUGGAAACUACGUUCUGUUCAAUUUAUUAGUGGCCAUUUUGGUUGAAGGCUUCCAGGCUGAGGGCGACGCCAAUCGCUCAGAAUCAGAUGAUGAAAAGAAGUCUGACAACUCAGAUGAAGAUGAGAAGUUGGAACAGUUCACUGACAUCGAGCUUGAGAUGACGGCCAACGGUCACAUUGACCCUCGUGGAACUGCAGCUCCACCCAUCAUUAUGCACACGGCAGCUACGCCCAUGCCCACUCCCACAAGCUCUCUGGGACCGGAGUCUAUUCUAGGAGAGGAGCUCUUCUACAGAGAGGGGAUACCUAGGGAGGUGGAGGUCGGGCAGGGUUUUUCGAACGCUGGAAUCGGUCAAAUGGAUUCUCGGACUGGAAGCUCAACAUCCAUAGAUCCUUCCGCUUUCGAUCAGCACUCCCUGAGCUUCUCAAGUCCCGGCCGGCGCUCGCCUCUUCCACCCCGUGGCUCUAGCAGCACAUGGGGAAGCCGGCGCUCCAGCUGGAACAGCUUGGGAAGAGCCCCCAGCCUCAAAAGGCGAGACACCAGCGGCGAGAGAGAGAGCCUACUGUCGGAGGAGGGCGCGGAGGAGGAAGACGGCCACGACAACCUGGGGAGGGCUGGCCCAAACCGCAGGCCGAAGUCUCUGGAGCAGCUGCAGGCGUCGACGCUUUGUCCUUCCAUGAUCGGGGAACACAGUGACUGCAAUGGGAUGACGCUGACAUGCAGCCCGGAUGAGAACGCUGACGCCAAAGAUGACGUGUCUCUAGAGGACGACUUUGACGAAGAUAGUCCCUUCAGUCACUGGCUGCUGAGGAAGAUCCAGAACUUGAAGCCUCGCUGGUGCAGAGAACACGAAGACUGCUCGCUCUACCUGUUUGCUCCCGAGAGCCGGUUUCGUUCAUGUUGCCAAAGAGUGAUUUCUCACAAACUGUUCGACCACGUGGUUCUGUUUUUCAUUUUCCUCAAUUGCAUCACCAUCGCCAUGGAGAGGCCCGACAUAAAGCCUCACAGCCUGGAGCGUCUGUUUCUGAGCGCAUCCAACUAUAUUUUCACCGUGAUCUUCCUCAUAGAGAUGGCCAUAAAGGUCGUAGCGCUCGGUUUUUGCUUUGGGAAGCAGUGCUACCUGCAGUGCUCCUGGAACAUCCUGGAUGGGUUGCUGGUGUUCGUGUCUCUGGUGGACGUUCUGGUCUCCAUCGCUUACGCCGGUGAAAACAAGAUCCUGGGAGUUCUCCGAGUCCUUCGUCUUCUACGCACGCUCCGCCCUCUGAGGGUGAUCAGUCGAGCUCCAGGAUUAAAGCUGGUUGUUGAGACACUCAUCACUUCACUAAGACCCAUCGGGAAUAUUGUCUUGAUCUGCUGCACCUUCUUCAUUGUCUUUGGCAUCUUGGGGGUUCAGUUGUUUAAAGGAAAGUUCUACAUCUGUGAAGGGUUCGACACCAGAAAUGUCACCAAUAAGUCCGACUGUCUGCAGGCCAACUAUCGCUGGACAAACCGAAAGUACAACUUUGAUAAUCUGUUUAAGGCCCUAAUGUCUUUAUUUGUGCUGUCGUGUAAAGACGGCUGGGUAAACAUCAUGUAUGAUGGACUGGAUGCAGUAGGUGUGGAUCAGCAGCCUGUGAGGAACCACAACCCCUGGAUGCUAAUCUACUUCAUCUCCUUCCUGCUCAUCGUCAGCUUCUUCGUCCUCAACAUGUUCGUGGGUGUGGUGGUGGAGAACUUUCACAAGUGCCGGCAGGACCAGGAGGAGGAGGAGGCCCGCCUGCGGGAGGACAAGAGGCAGAAAAUGAUAGAUAAAAAGCGCAGGAGUAAGGAGAAUAGAGGGGCUGAGGCCAUGCAGAGGCCGUACUAUGCAGACUACUCUCCUGUGCGCCUGUACAUACACAGGCUGUGCACCAACCACUACCUAGACCUCUUCAUCACCUUGAUCGUUGGCAUCAAUGUCCUAACAAUGAGUGUUGAGCACUACAAUCAGCAACAGUAUUUGAAGGAGGCCCUGAAGAACUGCAACUACGUGUUUACCUUCAUCUUUGUCGUUGAGGCCCUGCUUAAGCUUGUGGCGUUUGGGAUCCAUCGCUUCUUUAAAGACAAGUGGAAUCAGCUGGAUGUAACAAUAGUGGCACUGUCCAUCCUGGGCAUCGUCCUGGAGGAGCUAAACAUGAAGGGGGCGCUGCCCAUGAAUCCCACCAUCCUCAGAAUUAUGAGAGUCCUCAGAAUAGCACGAGUGUUGAAGCUUCUAAAGAUGGCAAAAGGAAUGAGAGCUCUGCUUGAUACGGUGAUGCAGGCGUUGCCUCAGGUGGGAAAUCUUGGCCUCCUCUUCAUGCUGCUCUUCUUCAUCUAUGCUGCUCUGGGAGUGGAGCUCUUUGGCAAACUGAAGUGCACAGACAGCAACCCCUGUGAAGGUCUGAGUCGUCACGCAACCUUUGAGAAUUUUGGGAUGGCCUUCCUCACGCUCUUCCGAGUGUCCACCGGGGACAACUGGAGCGGGAUUAUGAAAGAUACAUUAAGAGAUUGUCAACCAGACGACCGCAACUGUUUCGCCUACCUGGCCUGGGUCUCUCCCUUUUAUUUCGUCACCUUCGUGCUCAUCGCUCAGUUUGUUCUGGUGAAUGUGGUGGUGGCUGUUUUAAUGAAGCAUCUGGAGGAGAGUAAUAAGGAGGCGAAAGAAGAUGCAGAGAUGGAUGCGGAAAUUGCGCUGGAAAUGGAGAGGGAGAAGGAUGCCCAUCAGAGUCCUGGUUCCAGCGAGUCCUCAAUGGACGAUAAAGACCAGUGCGUAGGUGAGAAUCUGUUGAGCGCCGAAACCAUGUCGGUGCUCAGGAUGCACUCGCUACCGGAUGACAGCUACAUGUUCCGACCUGUGAGGCCCGCCAGCGCCCCCUGCCCUUUGGAGGAAGUCGAGGCCGUUCCUCAGCAUUCAAUGACUGUAGCAUCAGUCAACUCUCAGCCCUUAAAGAGCCGCUCUCUGCUGCAAGUUCCAGAUGUUUCUUCUGUCCACCCUCAGUCACCGCCCACUUUCAUUCUGCCCCGCAUUGCCCCGCCCACAACCAGCCCCUCACCACGGACUCUGCACAGACAGGUGGCGGUUAAGUUGGAUUCUGUUGAGUCUCAGAGUUCGGAGCAGCAGGAGAAGCCAAACUCCGCCCUCCCCGUUCCACACCACUCCUCUUCUCCAUCGCCCCUCCCUUCUCUACUCUCCGCCCCCUUUCCUCUACCUCCUCCAAGGUCUUCCCCGUCGCUCCUCCUCCCUCCGCCCCCAUCCCCGCGCCUGCCCUCCCGCUCGGCGAGCCUCCGUAGUCGACCCCGGCCGCCGUCCGCCGUCUCCCUCUUUGACCCCGCCGACGAGGAGGUCUACCACAUCACCAGCUCCGCCCGCCAGCGCCGCCGAAACGAGGAGGACGGCGGGCAGGAGGGGAAAAGAAAGGCGGGGCGUAGCCACUCCCUCUCCCCUUACACCCUGCCGGGUUUCGUUUGCGCCGACUCCUCAUCUCCGCCUCCGCCGCCUCCUCUGCCGCCGUCCUCGUCGAGGAGCGCCCUCAGUCUGCUGGGCGCCGGGCUGAAGGACAUCCGGAAAGGCUUCAGCGUCGACAACCAGGGCUUCCUGGAGAAGCCUUCGUCCACAUCUGGAGGUUAUGCCGAUGACCAGCGCCGCCACUCCAUCGAGGUCUGCCUCCCACAGGCGGUCAUAACGGGAGACCCCGCCCACUUCGCGCUGGAGAAGGCCGCCUUCCCUAUGAGGGUGCAGUCCGAACGGAGAGGGUGCAUCCACCGGAAGAAAAAGAUGAGCCCCCCCUGCAUAUCCAUCCACCCCCCCUCAGAGAGGGACCCCGCCCAGACGUCCUCCCCCCCAAAACUGGCGGACUGCAGCAUGCUGCUCCGCCGCCGGACGCCAUCCAGCGACUCCAACGCGCAGGACGCCGAAGCACACAGGCAGAUGCCAGUCCCGCUGACGCCCACCCCCGCCCCGCCACCGUCCCCAUCCCGCCCGCAGACCCACACCCCCCUGCCGACGCCCACGCCGCCACACAUCCCCAUCAGCCCCAACAUCUUCAUCCAACCCCACGCACCUCUCCUGCCUUUCCCUCCGGCGCAGCCUCGCUCCCCCGCUGCCAGACAGUCUCCCCGUGUGGGCGAUUACCCCCCCGUGCCCCACUUCACCUUCGACCCGCUGCAGUCCAGACUGAUGGACGGCCUGUCAGCUAGCAUGGACGCAGACGCCUGCUCCGCCCCGUUCGACGGCAGGAUGGCGAGCAGCGCGGGGUUUAACGCUAAUAAUCAGAGGACUGCGCCAUGAGGACGGCAGUUUUUCCAGGAAAGAGACCGCGCCCUCCCAGUGGGUACAGCUGGGAUGACCUAGCUUCUUUUAGGUUUUAAAUGCUCGUUUUGAGUCCUCCUAUAGCGACGAUUUGAUUUUUCUACACCGAGCUUGAAAGCCGUGAAGACUCUGAGGCGGCGUCUACCACCUGUACAUACUCGCAUCGGAACGACCCAACAGGACUAAAGCCACCUUACUCUGUAGCCAAAGUUUUUUUCCACACACUGUCCCCACCCACGCCAGCCAAUCAGGA